AUGGCCAAGCUGAGGAAUGAGACGGCCAAGCUGAGGAAUGCGAUGGCCAAGCUGAGCAUGGAGGUGACUGAGCUGAAGAUGCAUAACAUCUGUCACGAUGUGGAUGCCAGUGAAAAGAAACAGUGGCAGGUGCAGGAGAAGCUGCCUCUGGAGAUGGAGCGGAUGAGGGUGGAGGUGGUUCAGCUGAAGUACAACGCGGCCUUGACACAUCUCCAACACCGAGACCAGGAGAUGAAGCUGAAGACAGCUCAGCUGAGCAUGGAGGUGACCCAGCUGAAGCCCCUGAGCCUCUGUUUUCCUUUCCACAUGCAGGAGCGAAAUCAGGAGCUGGAGAAGUUGGUGGAGCAGCUCAGAGCAGCAGAGAACCGUGAUAGGAAACAUCAUUUAGAAAGCAACAAUGAGAAGGGAUGUCAGCUGGAGGCAAUGCAGCUGGAGAUUGAGCAGCUGAGGGUGGAGAUGGCCCAGCUGAGGGAGGAGAAUCACCACACAACAGAAAAAGAGCUGGAGCAGCUCAGAAGGAAGAACCUUUGCACAAAACAGUGCUUAGAAAUGGCCACUGAGAGGAUCCAGAAGCUGGAGAAGCAGCUGGCCAAGCCGAGGAGGCACCAAGAGAAGCAAAGCCUGGCUGAGGAAAUAGAGAACAGCAGACAGAACCGGAGCCUGGCUGAGCUGGGACUGGACAGCUCUCAGAACCACAGCGUGGAUGAGGAUAGAGAGAGCGGCACAGAGAACCACAGCCAGGCUGAGGUUGGACUGAAUGUCUCUCAGAACCACAGCCAGGCUGAGGUUGGACUGAAUGUCUCUCAGAACCACAGCCAGGCUGAGAGUAGACUGCUGAAGAGGACGGGAUAUUUUCUCUGUUAUUUUUUCUCUAUUAUUUUUUUCUCUAUUUUCUCUCUUAUGGUGUACGCAAAAAUACUUUCAUAAAUACAUUUCACACAGCAUAUAAUAUACGUUCUGAAACAAUGCAAAUAGCUUGUGGACUUUGAGUUGAGAAAAAACCCUGGAUUCCUGGCUUUCUGCAGUUAAUAGUCUCAUGAUGCUUUUCAGAAGACUGGCCUAAUAAUUUCAGUGUGGCUAAAACCUCUCUGAUUGUCUUUACACUUUUAUCUGGAUACAGAAAAGAUCUUUACUUCCUACUCAUAACCGUUUUCAUUCAGCACUAAUGCUACAUUUCUCUUUGA